ACUCAGCUAGACUCUAGACAAAAUGGCAGACAGCAAGGAAAUGGGCGCAGUUCCGGAGGGACAGAAGCAAGGCUGGGGCCAGUUCCUCAAGUCCAUCGCCUCCUUCUCCGGCGACCUCUCAGCCAUGACGGCACCUUCCUUCAUCCUCAGCCCCGUCUCGCUCACCGAGUACCCCUCCUACUGGGGCGAGCACCCAGACCUCUUCGCCAAGUGCAGCCAGGGAGGUGAUGACAUCGAGAAGAUGGUCAACGUGCUGCGUUGGUUCAUUGCUACGCUCAAGGGACAGUACACGUCGCGCAACCAGAGCAUGGGUAGCGAGAAGAAGCCGCUGAACCCCAUCCUUGGCGAGCUGUUCCUGGGCAAGUGGUCUGCAGACGAGUCCAAGGGCUCCGGCGAGACGCAGCUUAUUGCGGAGCAGGUCUCGCACCACCCUCCCAUCACGGCAUACUACUUGCACAACGCCAAGGCGGGCGUCACGCUCGAGGGCCACUCGGCGCAGAAGACCUCCUUCUCCGGCCGCUCCAUCUCCGUCAAGCAAGUCGGCCACGCCGUUCUGCGCGUAGCCAACUCGAGCGGCGGUGAAGACCUCUACCUCAUCACGCUUCCCAACAUCGUCAUCGAGGGACUCUGGUACGGCGCUCCUUACCUCGAGCUCUCGGGCACGAGCCACAUCAUUAGCACUACUGGCAUGCUGGCCACGAUCAACUACGCGGGCAAGGGCUACUUCUCCGGCAAGUCCCACUCCUUCAAGGCUUCCGUCUCCUCAGCCUCGCAACCCACCUCUGCACUCUACAACAUCGAAGGCGAAUGGGCAGGCAAGUCCUCCUUCAAGGGCAAGUCGCCGGACGGUUCGUCCAACUCCACCUUUCACGACGCCUCCUCCUCGCGCCGAGACAUCGAAGUCGCCCCGCUCGAUCAGCAGGGUGACAUGGAGUCGCGCAAGGUCUGGGCCAAGGUCGCAGAGGGGAUCCGCAAGCAAGAUUACGACAAUGCUUCGAAGGAAAAGACGCGCAUCGAGAAUGAGCAGAGGGACAAGAGGAAGAAGGAGGGUGAGAAGGGCACACCCCAUCAGUUGGAGUACUUUGUGCACGUGGAUGAGGAUCAGGAAUACGCGGCGCUGUUGGGUAAGGCCAAGGGUGUGGCCUCGGGAUAUCCGGCCAAGCAGGAUGCCUACAGGAGGAAGCCGAGGGUUCAUUGAGCGGCAGAGGGACGUCACGCAGCGCGUAAAGUAGAUCGGGCAGCUUUGGAUGGACCGAAGGCAGGGAUGCCUCAGGGAGCGGUUGGUAUUGCAAUUUCCACAUCUAUGACCACGCAUGACCAGCGCGCCGUCGAUACGAUGUGACAAGCUUGUUGAUGCGGGGAUGCUGGGACGGCGGGGAUGACGGGGAUGA